CGGGGGAGCGGAACCUGUGUCUCACGGGUAUUUCCUUCUCACCAUCCGUGGGCUUUUGUCUGGUUUUGUUUCCUGUCCAUCCAACUUGUACACUCGUUGCGACGGCACCAGUCACUCGUUUACAGCCGAACGACGACAGUCCUUACCUGGGUAUUCCAACACCAUCACGAUCACUACGAGCAUCACUACUACGAGGAAUCAACAACCACUACAAACACAAGCAGACCGAAAACCAAAGAAGAAAAGAUGCCACGCCCAACGACCCUCUUCACCGCCGCCCUCGGGCCCCUCCUCGUGCUACUCGCCGCCGGCCCGGCCGCCGCCCGCACCGACUACGAGGGCUGCGUCUCCACCGAGCUGCCCGCCGCCCACAGCACCGUCUGGUACGUCCCCGGCACCGGCGAGCUGUGCGAGCCCGUCGACUGCGGCGGCGGCCGCGCCCCGCCCAAGACGGUCCCCGGCUGCCCGGCCUACAAGGGCACCGAGACGGUCGAGCCCAAGUUUUGGUCGGGGUUUGAGGAGGCGGUGGCUACGCCUGCGCCGGUGCCGACUGGUUCUGGGGGUGGUGAUGGGAAUGGGAAUGGUGGGGAUAAGGGGGAGGAUGAGGGUGAGGGUGAGGGUGGUGAGGAUGAUAAUGGGGGGCAGGGGGUGGGUGUUGGUGUGGGUGUGACGCCGGGCGGGGAGGCGAAGGGCACGAUUACGGUUACCCUCGGUGGUGGGGGGGCGGCGGCGUCGAGGACGGGGACAAAGACGAGGAGUGGUGAUGUGGAGGAGACGGGGGCGGCUGGGAAGGGUGUGGAUGAUGAUGAGGAUGAGGAGGAUGGGGAUGAUGCGGAGGCGUCGCCGUCUCCGUCGAGUGGUGGUGAGGGGGGCAAGAAGCCCAAGGCUACGCUGACCAAGGUUAUGACGGCUGUUGAGACGGUGGAUGGCGUGGUCAGGCCGGUGCCGACUAACCAUCCCGAGGGUGAUACGGCGCAUGUGACUGUCUCGACUGCUGGUGCGGUGCCCACGGGUGUUGUUGGGAAGGGAGUGUUUGGGGUUGUUGCGGGUGUAGCGGUCGCUGGAUUGGUGCUUGCCUAGGUUCGUUGGUUGAGUGGGAUAGCAGUGUCUGUGGGUUACUCGUAGUAGAUUAUAAUAGAAAUUGCCUCUCGGC